ACCAUGGGUAAUUUCUGUAAUUCAAUUCACCUGAUGGGCCUGGACAUAAAGGAGCUGCAAGCAAAGUUAGCUGUUCUCACCUUGUGCUUCGAGCCUGACUGUUGUUUACCUACAGGCUUCUGAUGAUCCUAAAGUGUCAAGUCAGCUACCCCUGUUACAGUUCAAUUGAAGAUAUUUUGUCAUGUGGAACCAAGGUCACAGUCAGUCCACUGGUGGGAUCACUAGCCACAACGCAGUGAUGUCAAAGAAAGCAACUCUGCAGAUGUUGCCCUGCACAGUGUCUCAGCUUCUGUCAGCUUCUCAAGUCAGCAACAAUGACUUUGAAAUCUGUGACUGGAAACUCAACCAGGUGUCUGUUGUUGGCAUCAUCAGAGGAUAUUCUCCCUUUGUGACCAACAUCCAGUACUCUGUGGACGACAUGACUGGUCCACCUUUAAAUGUGAAGCAGUGGGUUAAUGCAGAGGACUGUGCACUUAUGACCUUUGCUUCUCCUGGAACGUAUGUGAAGGUUACAGGAACUCUACACAGUUUCAGUGGUCAAAGGUCAUUGCUGGCACUGAAUAUCCGUUGCAUCAAGGACCUGAAUGAGAUCACAUCCCACAUGUUGGAGGUAGUACAAGCUCAUAUGCAGAUAUGCUCAAGGUGUGUGUUCGAUGUGAACAUGAAUACUACUCUGGCCUCACUGUCUAGAAGCUGCAGUGGUGGACAACCUGAAGACCCUUUACCAAAUUGUUUGUCCACCAUCCAGGAUCAGGUGUUGCAUGCAAUCAGGAAGUCCUCAGACUGUGAUAAUGGGAUCAGUUUCCAUGACCUGAAGACACAGCUGGACUACCUCAGUAUGAGAGACAUCAGAUCUUCUUUGGCUGUCCUUUUAAAUGAAGGCCAUAUCUUCUCUACUAUCGAUGAGCAUCAUUUUAAGUCAGCAUAACCUCAGUAGUCUACCUGGAGACCAGUGAAACCACAAAAUGUCACAGUCCUGGACUACAGCUGAUCAGAGUGUACAGGCUACACACAUUUUUGGGUGACAUCAUUGUUUUGGUUAAAUUUAGCAAUUUAUUUAUGAUGUACUGCAGCUAAUGGCUUUGUCUGUCCUGCUUAUAUAGCAUGUAGUGUAUCAUUUGUUGCCUGUAAAGAAUUACUGACUGAUUACUCAGCCUUAAUUAUCACCAUAUUAUUAUUUUGUGUUUCUAGUUUAUUUUAUUUGCUGAUUUUGUGGGUAUCC